CAUUUUGGAUUCGAAAAACGCAAAAUGAAGAUUAAGUUAGUGGACUCGGUAGUGCGGAGCUUUAAAGUGGCAAAAAUUUUUCGCGAAAACACCGAUAAGAUAAACGCAAUUGAUUUUGCGCCCAAUGGCGAGCAUCUCAUUUCCUGCAGCGAAGACGAUCAGAUUGUAAUAUACGACUGCGAGAAAGGCACUCAAUCUCGUACAGUAAACUCAAAGAAGUAUGGUGUGGAUUUAAUACAUUUUACACAUGCCAACAACACCGCUAUACAUAGUUCGACGAAAGUCGAUGACACCAUACGCUAUUUAAGUCUGCACGACAACAAAUACCUUCGCUAUUUUCCCGGACACACAAAGAAAGUAAUUUCGCUGUGCAUCUCACCCGUGGAGGACACGUUUCUGUCUGGCUCGCUAGAUAAAACGUUGCGUCUAUGGGACUUACGGUCUCCAAACUGUCAGGGGUUGAUGCAUUUAUCUGGACGUCCCAUUGCCGCAUACGAUCCGGAGGGCUUAAUUUUUGCGGCUGGUGUGAAUUCAGAGAGCAUUAAACUCUACGAUUUACGUUCGUUUGACAAAGGCCCCUUUGUUACCUUUAAGUUGAAUCAGGAGAAGGAGUGCGACUGGACAGGGCUGAAGUUUUCGCGGGAUGGCAAAACUAUUUUAAUCAGUACAAAUGGCUCGGUGAUUCGCUUAGUGGAUGCCUUUCAUGGCACGCCGUUGCAAACGUUUACCGGUUAUCCUAACAACAAAGGGAUUGCAAUUGAGGCCAGCUUUAGUCCCGAUUCGCAAUUCAUAUUCUCCGGCAGCACAGAUGGACGCGUACAUAUUUGGAACGCGGACACGGGAAACAAGGUGUCUGUUCUCAAUGGCGAUCAUCCUGGCCCGGUACAGUGCGUCCAAUUCAAUCCCAAAUACAUGAUGUUGGCCUCGGCUUGCACGAACAUGGCCUUCUGGCUGCCAACCUCCGAAGAGGGCAUUUAGAUAUAAAUAACAAAAUAUAAUUAACAAUAUUUAUUAUAAGUUAUGUUUAAGUUUUUAUUAAAAGUCAGCAAGAAAACA